AGGAAACGUAGCCUGAUAACAGACCUGCGUUUCGCCCGCCCUAAAAUUCGCGGGUCGACGGAAACGGAAAUUUAAAAUGUUUGGGUGUGCUGUGGUUUCACGACAUAUUGCGAUAACCCAACGAUGAGUUACGAUCGUUCUUGAGCCGGAACGUGCCGGAUCGGUUGUUUCGUUUUCUCGUUUUCGUUUUUCACGUGUUUCGCGACAUAUUUUGCGGCGCGCCGUAGUAUUAAUCGGAUGUUUUACAAGACCUGACCUGCUUUUGAUUUUAAAAAAAUAGAAAAGAUUGAAUUAAUUUUAAUAAAAUGGGCUACCACUUGAUAAGCGUGGAACCACUUGUUAGAAUAACUGGCGUUGACGGCUCUGUAAUACGGCUUCUUGCUGGAAUUUUUAUUGGUAAACGACAUAUUUAAAUUGGUUUUGGACUUUGUUUACAUUUAUGACCUAACCAUGCCGUCCAGUCAUAAUACAAUGAUUGUAUAUACUGUAAUCUGUAUUGUAUAUGUAUAAAGUGUGUAUUUGGUAUGAACUAUAUAUCAGAUGUUUUAAAUAGAUAUUAUAAUCUAAAUAGUACCAUCAAGAAUAUAAACUAAUAAAGUAUUUUAAAUAUUAACAGAUGGUUUCAUUAUUAAUAGAUCUUGCACGGAAAUGCACACUCAACUUUGCACACUUGAAUAACUAUCUAUAGUUCAAUAACUAUCUGUAGUAUUUGCAUCCUGAUAUCCCUUAUUUCUUUUAUAAUAGCUUAUCCUUUGGCAUUUAUCUAUGGUUUUACUCUUUACAAGAAAAGCCCAACUCUUCAGGUACCAUUGACUGGUUGUAUGAAGGCCUGGGGCCGGUUGUAUCAGCCUGUUUAGCUUAAAUGGUAAAUAAGUCAAAAUUAAAUAACAUUCAAGAUUAUAUCUCUCGUGAAUCAGUUAACUUAAAUAUUGUGCACUGAAUAUGUAGUUGUAAACAAUAUCGUUCUAUUAUUAAGGUUCAAAACUUUUAGUUAGUUUCUAUUUUGAGCUUAAAUAUAACAGGCUUGAUACAACCGGCAACUGCUAGCUAGUGCUAUUUACUGGAUAGUGAUUAAAUAUUUAACUGUUGAAAAAAAUAUUAAAAAGCCAUAAAACUACAAAAUGAGACGAACCAUUACAUUUUCAGAAUCGUGAUUUUACUUUCAUAUUCCAAUAUGAAAAGAGACAGAUGAUUUUCAUAACCAGAUGAUCUUGAUACACGGAAAAGUACUGGCACUAGUUGUCAAAUAAAACAACUGAAUAUCUCAUGUAAUAUACUUUAUUUCGAUUCCACAUUUUUGUCAGAGCUAGAGUUCUCAUAUUAAACCAAACAUAAUUACAAAAUUUCAACUAGUUUCAUAAAGAAUAACGAAAGAUAUAAUUGACUGCAUGAAUACAUCAAGAUGGAUUUGGCUUACUGUAGUUCACGAAACGAAAUGAAACGAAACGAAAUCUGCACUUUGCGAAACUGUAAUUUGCGAAAUCUGUAAUUUGCGAAAUCUGCAGUUUGCGAAAUCUGCAGUUUGCGAAAUCUCUAGAUAGAUUGCUAUUCAAAUUUGCAGUUUGCGAAAACAUAUAGUAGAAAGUAAAAAAAUGUUUACCUUUAAUUUUCGAAAGUUUUCGAUGCGAUCACCAACAUUUUCAUGUCAAACCUCGCGGCUGCGAUCCACUUGACCAUCUGAAGAAUUUCCGGGAAAAUCCCAUAGUCAGGGCAAAAUUUCCAAUCAAUUUGCCGGCAAUGGUGUAUUUUCAAUCUGAAAUUUUUACAUUUUGCAGUCUCAGACAUAUAAUUACCGUAUAUAAAGAAGUUUAUUUGAUACUGCCACUGAAAUAUAACUAAUACAAGUAAAGCAAUUUAUUGUGAUAACGUUUUAUCGCAAUUAUGACUUCGUGUAGUCAGGUAGGUUCUUAAUUAACCAGGUUAACUUGCACAGAAUUUAAUUGUACUGUUGACGAGGCCCCUCGGAACAUGUGAACAUUUUUUAUUUUACCCUAAACUACAGAUAUUUCGCAAAUUACAGAUUUCGCAAACUGCAGAUUUCGCAAAUUACAGAUUUCGCAAAUUACAGAUUUCGCAAACUGCAGAUUUCGCAAACUGCAGAUUUCGUUUCGUUUCGUAAACUACAGUUUCGUAAACUACAGUAAGCCAAUGGAUUUCUAUUCAGACAACCCUUUCUGAGCGCUGAUUGGCUAAAAUACGAACACGAGAUCACCUGGAAUGCAAUAACUUCGGAACGGUUAAAGCAAUCAAAAAGAUAUUCAAUACCAUUCUUCAUUAUCAUUAAAUGAAUGAAAUAAAACAAUUUAGACAUUUCUAGCUUGUCAGCUUUCUCUUGCAGAACAUUUGUGAUUAUACGCUGCCAUACCAGUAUGUCAAUAUUGUUGUGGACAUAUAAUUCGGUAUUUCUCCUGAACAAAGCGAUAUUUCCCUUAAUGGUUUCAUGCCAUUCUUGAUUGAUAUUAAAGCAAUAUAUUCUAUCAUUUCUCAACCUUCCAAGUCAUUUUGCCUUGCAUGCGCUUCACACUCGUAUGUACUAGCCUACAAAGCAACAGUUUUUUGGGGAGAGUACUUGCAAGCAGGAAAAUUUGGUUUUAAUUUUGCUGUCCUAAUUGUCCUGCCAGCAAGUCCACCAUUUCCGCACAACCGCUGCAGAAAUGUUCCUGCACAAGAAGAUAUACCCUGGGCCGUAAGGGUUUAGUUGUCUCUUAAUUUUAAUAAUUUAUAUAAUUUAAUUAACAUAUAUCAGAAAUUUAAAUGCAUGUUUUGAAAAUUUUCUAGCAUUUGUUGAUCACAAUAUGUGGCCUGUUUCUGGCAGUUUUUUUAUAUGGUAUGCCAAUAUAUAUUCUUUAAUAAACCCAGCUAUAAAGGAAAAACUUGCAUUAAUAUCAACACCAAAACAUAGGACAUCCUAACAUUAUUGUGUAAAAUCAUCUUCCCCCCGUAGGUCUCGAAGGGCUUCACACUUUGGUUGCUGUUGUAGUCCAGUACUUGCUCAUUCACCUGAUUGGACCAAAUUAUAUAAUGGUCUUGGCUAGCUUCACGUUUCAAAUGGUAUGUCUCCAGUACUAAAAUUGGUUUGCACAAGUCUCCCAGAAGUUAUAGUUGUGUGCUGUAUUUUAUAGACAUACUUGCUUGUUGGUUAUUGGGUAUAUUCCACAGAUCUCUAUGACAUUGCAUGGACAACUGCUCAAUGUAUUCUUGUUUUACGUUUAAUUGGUAAGCCAUGUUCUCUUCUUGAUAACACUGAUGGAUAUCAGAUAUACACUGCAGGCCCGUAGCUGGGGGGGGGCCUGGGGGGGCAAUGCCCCCUCAGUCGGUGGGGCAGUGCCCCCCCACUCGGAAAUCGGGUAUGAAAAAUUGAGAUAAAGGGCCUGGCAACCAAUUGUAAUAAUGGAAAAAAUUCUGUAAAUUUUGUGGAAAAUUUUGUGAUUUUUGAAAAAGUUUGUUAGGUUUCGGAAAAAUGGAGUAUGUCUGGAAAAAUUGGUAUGUCCGGAAAAAAUUUUUGACCCCUAAAAUGGUACACUGACCGAAAUUUUUUUGGCGACGGGGGGGGGAGGUCGCCAAAAUAAAUUCCGGAAAAAAAAAUUUUCAUCUCAAACGGUCGGUUACAUUCUUUCUGGAGUGAGUGCCCCCCCAGAAAUUGAGAGCCAGCUACGGGCUUGAUACACUGCACUAUACAAGAACUCUUGUGAAUCAUUAAAUCUCUCUGUUCUUUUUCUACUAAGGUGUUGCAUGGGACACAUAUGAUGGAGCCCAAGAUUUGGUAAACAAAAUUGUUAUAUCAACUGUACACCUUAUGAAAUAAAGUUGUAACUAAGUCGUGGCCACCAUGCUUGCCUUUCAAGUUGGGAGACCCACGUUCAAUCCUUGGUCGGAGUGGUUGGACCUCUGCCCAGGGUCGUAAAAUAUCGAUGAGAAAGUGCUACCUUUAUACUGACGUCAGUAAAUGGUUAGACUUUGGCAUCUUCUCGGAUAAGGCGUAAAAAAAAUACCUCUGGUUCCGGUUCCCGACCGACCCUAUUUUUUCAACGCGAUUGACCUGCCGACCCUAUUUUCUCCAGGUGGUUGCGGGCUGCUCAUACAGCAUGCCAAAAUGGCGUCUGUUGUCACACUAAUUAUUGAAUCAAAUUGCCUAAAUCCGUCCAUAGGAAAUACGCAUCUCUAGUUAAUAUUGAUGUCGGGACUCUACUGAAAAUCGCCCAGCAAAAAUGCCAAAACCAUGAAAAAAUAUUCAAAAAAAAAUUUAUUUCCGACCUACCAACCCUAAUUUUUGUCACGAUAUGAAACCGGAACCACAGGUAUUUUUUUUACGCCUAAGAACGUUAAAAUCGUAGAUACCUUGGAUCCUCCGUCAACAGGCAUUAACAGGCAGAAACCGAAAUCCACUCACCAAUGAGUUCUCAACUCAACAAACAAUCAAUAAUACAUACAGACAAUCUCACAGAUAUUUUACAAUAAUGAUUUAUAUUUUUUCAAUGAUAGGAAAAAGCAUCAAAUGACACCAAAGAAAUGGCUUUGAGAACACCUCCUGGUUUACUAGAGGUGCAUACAGAGUAUUAUCCUUCAAAUGGUUGCAUGCCUUGUAGUUUAUAUUGCUAUAUACAGUCGAACUCCCCCCUAUCAUGAACAAAUCUAAUGUCCCCAACAUACAUAUUUCUCAUAUAAAAUGGACUCCUCUUUAAUAAUGGACACUUUGUUCAUCCUUUCAGUGUCUGUGUUAGAGGUACAGUAUAAUUAUGAUUUGAAUAAAUUAUCUGACAUUACUGUAUAUCUUCUACUGUAGAUGACAGGACAUGCAUAUUUCUUUGGAUCAUUUAUUGUUGGGCCACAGGUAUAGUUUUGAAAAACUUUUGUUCCAAUGCAAAGGGGGACCACAGACACUGUGAUACAUUUAUAUUUCUUUCAGUUUCCCAUGUCUCGAUAUCUUUCGUUUAUCGGAGGAACAUUAAUUCCACCUAAACACGAUCGUCAAGAUGUCAAGUAUGUUUAUCCUGUCAAAAUCACUAUAGUAAAACAACUUCUAGUGUAUCAUAUACAAUUUAAACCAUUGUUAUUGAUGAGCAAAAUCGUCUGGCGUUAGACAGAGCAAAAUAAUAUAGUGGGUUAAUUAAUUAGAUAAUUGCCAAAGUUAACAUGGUAAUUAAUGCACAUUAAUUGUCGUUCACAGUGGCAUUGUGACAAUUUUGCUUUGCUUAGAAAUUGUUGAUGAGUUUGAGAACUAGAAAUUUCAAGUUAUUUUUUGGUUAAGCGAUGAUAUCAACACUUUUUCCAGGAUUAAAAAAGGCUUGCUUCGUUUGGCUGCUGGUUUAGUUUAUAUGUCAAUUUAUGCCUUGUUUGAAGGUAGCUUCAAUAAUCAAUAUUUGGUUUCCAAAGAAUUUGAGGUAAAAUAAAUAUCAUUUCAUUAGAAAGUUUCUUAGAAAGUUUCGUAUUAAAAAUGCAUGUUAUUAAGUGCAUACGUAAAUGGUGGUGUGCUAAUUAUGCAUCCUUACUACUUGCCGAACAAAAAUACUAAAUGGCCGAUUAUUUUAUUCUACACAGACAGUUUGUGGCAUACAAAAUUUUAUAUUUUAAUAUUUUUAGACAUUAUCUUUGAUAAGGAAGAUGGCUUAUAUUACAGUCUGGGGUAAAACAACCCUGUGUAAAUACUUGGCAGUUUGGCUCGUAGCUGUAAGUUUAUAAAACUAAGAUAUUUGCAUUUUGCAUGCCCGUCUAGGGCUUUCAGGUAUAUUGGUAUUUUGACCAUUUUCCUUUUGGUAUACAAUAUUUUAUUGAAAUAAUUUGAACUACGGAUAUAAAUUGUUUAAUUCACCCUCCCCUGCAAAGCAGGCAUUUUGGUGGCUGAAUUUCUCUCUUGUCAUAGGAGGGUAGUUGUAUAAUGAGUGGUCUGACAUACAACGGUAAGACUGAGUCAGGCGAGGCACGCUGGGACGCUUUGAAGAAUUGUAAACUAACAAUCCAUGAAACCACAAUCACAUUACAAGUGAGUAAUUAUCUAAAUAGAUAAUAGUAAUAGUAAUUAUCUAAAUGUUUAAAUUUAAAUUGUAAUCUUAUAACUACCUGAAGAUGAUGGAGUAAAUCUCAGAAACGUCGUUUGUUAAUGUAAUAAAAAACACAUUUAAAAAAAGUUUUACUGCGGUUUAUAUAUUGAACACAAAAUAUCUAAAAUACUAAAUAGACAUAACAUUUAUUUAUUUAUUUACUUACCACAUUUUCCUUGGUAUUUCCUUGAUAUUUCUAUAUCGAUCAAUGAUGAUUCGCAUAGUCUCGCAAAUCACUACCACCAGCAAUGGUUAUGGUCAAAAGGCGUUGUUUUAAAGCGUGGGACAUCAUGCUUUGAACGGGAAUGCUGAUAGCUAUCUUUUAUAUUGAGUAUCCUCGCUUUGGGCGAUGACGUCAUCUGCUAGGUACCCACAUGUCGAAACGUUAUGUCGUCAUUUUCGGGGAUUCGAUUCGAUUACUUGAACCAGACUAUAUAACGAAGAGAAAACAUUUCUAAGUUAAGACAAUGUUGAAAGAUCUCAACAAUUAUACAAAAAUACCUUUUGUUUUUCGCCUAGGGCGUUAUUGACUCGUUUAAUGUUAAUACGAAUUUGUGGAUGAGCAGGUCAGUAUUUCCUCAGUGAAUUAAUACUAAAUAGUUGUAACGCGAAGCUGAUGUGGUUUAGGUAUGAACUACCUUAAAAACAUUGCAUGUACUUCGACAUUUUGAGCAUCGGAGUCUAUUCCUACCAACUUCUGGCAUGAAAAGCAAGCGAAAAUUUUAUUUGAAACGCGCGGGGUUUAUUCAGCGAGGCCCACCCAAAUUGCCUGUUGUGCAAGCUAAUAGACUUCCAGAUGAAAGAUCUCACUAAAACCGUUGCAGCUUAUUGGAGAAUACUAUGUUUGUAGACUGGACCCCAAAGUUCGCGUCUAAACGCAAUUCGUUCCUUUUUUUAGAUAUUUAUUCAAACGGUUAAGAUUUUUAGGCAACAAGACAUUAUCCCAUGUAAUCACGCUUAUGUUCUUAGCUGCUUGGCAUGGCAUAUAUAUUGGUUAUUUCAUCUGUUUCACGACGGAAUAUUUUUAUAUUAACGCAGAAAAACAGGUACAAUUUUCUUCUGCAUUCAUUCCAUGGGAUCAAAAUGAUUAUUCCAAAAGAUCAAUUAUUCUAAUCACAUUCUUAAUUUCUAACUAGUUUCUUACAAUUCUUGGCCGUUUUGAAGAAAAAAUAAGCCCAACAGGAUUGUUAUUCAAGAUACGAUGGAUUGUUAUGUAUUCUCUCAAGUUGACUAUAAUGUCGUACUGUUUGUUGCCAUUUGUACUUCUGAAGUGGAGCAGAAUUUACCAGGUAGCGAUUUGUUGGUAAAAAUUUGUACAUCGUGCGCGCCUUGGAAAACCCUGGAUUUUUCUUUUAGUCCUGGAAACUGAAAAGUUCUGGAAUUUCAAUGUGACCCCCCUGGAAAAGUAUACUUAUGCAGGCUUGAUAGGCUGAUACGUAUGUGUAAGAUAUACUUAGAGAAUUAAACGUUGUUUCAAUACGAUUGAGUACAAAAUUUCUUGCGCAUACAGCAUGUCCAUACUUUUCGAUAGCGAUAUUAGCUUGACAGCGAUAAUUAUUGAAAGGGUCCAAUUUAGUAAUUAUUUCGAAACUUAGGAGAAACUGGGGGCAUAACCCUCUUAAUGUUUUAAUCUACGACAUAAAUCUACCAAAUAUGUGGCUUUCAGAUCAUCAUAAAACGUGUCUAAAAUAAUAGCAUUUCGCAGACCCUAAAAAUAGAAACAUUUUCCGGGGGUCAUGCCCCCAGAUAGACGGACGAUUGGACCACACCCCGCCCCCCACUGGCAAUUAUUUCCAUGCAAAAAUAACAAGCAUACCUUAUAUUUCAGGUUUACAAAACAACGUACGCGUUGCCACAUGUUGUUGUACUCGUUUGGGCAAUAUUUUACAACUUUAUUUAUCCUUCAUUGCGAACUAAAGAAUCAAGCAAGAAAAGAGAAUAGCGUGAUGAGUACAUCCUCUACAGCUGACUUUGUUGCUAAAAUGAAUUAAAUCAAAUACUGAAAAUACACCUGAAUACUGCCAUGUCUACAGUAUACUGAUUAAAAAAAUGACAUGUCUUACUUGGACCAACUUGUGUGUGAAUAGACACUUCACGAAUUUGCUCGAGUACCCACAAAACAAUAGCUUGGGACGGACAAUAUAGACCGAUACGAAAACUGGUCUUUUUUCUCACGAAAUUAAUUUCCAACCAAAGUAAUAGCUGCCGCCUUUAAUAGAAUAAUUCAGAACUAUCACUUUUACAAAAUAUAAAUAUACUAUGCAUGCAUAUACUCUCUUUGAGAAAUUAAAUCUUAAAAAUACCGAAGUUUGUGCCAGUUUUCGUAUCAGUCAAUGCAUAGCCUAUCGAAGGGAAGAUGGCUGUGAAAGUCAUUAUAGAACAACAAUAUAACUCAUUAUCUAUGUUAGUCGACGUUUAUUCAUAAAUCUGGUCAUUCACCGCCACGUGUGUAUUGCAUUUUUGCCAAACUAACCAAUAGCAAUGUUUUAUGAAAGUUACCCAUCCGUGACUCGAACAAUUAAUAGGUUGCUAUCGAGUAUUGGUGGAUUUGGCAAAAAUACAAUACACACGUGACGGCGAAGGACCAGAUUUAUGAAUAAACGUUGACUAACAUAGAUAACGAGUUAUAUUGAUUAUUGUUAUUCUAAUGAGUUUCACAGUCCUCUUAAGACCCUUCGAUAGGCUAUGGUCAAUGCUAUCUAUUGUAAAUAGGUAGUCUUCAAUGCCAGCCAGUAAAUUCGGGAAGCGUCCAUAUUCAUGUAAAUUUUAGUAAUUUAAAUAUAACCAUAGAAUAUGUAAUUUAACAUCAUUUAUUAUUUGAAUUAAAGUGUUUCGUAAUUUC